AUGGACAAGCAGCGUCUGCAUGCAUGGUAUGAUAAAGAGAGGGCCACCUUCACGCUCUCUGACAUCCAUGAUGCACGUGAAAGCGCGUGGCAGACGCGUGCCGAACCGUCCAGCAAACUCUAUUCUAAGCUUGAUAUUUCAUCUCCCUCGCUGACUUCUCCCUGGUCAUGA